AUGGUUGAUAAUUCUUUGGGUGUGUAUGAGGAUGUUAGAGAUUUGGCUGGGCGUGCAGUGGAAGAAGCAUUGAAAAUUGUAGAUGAUUCUGAUCGAAGAGAAAAAAUAUUGAAUAUUUUACCAGAGAUGUAUAUUGGAUAUAGAAGUGUCGUAGGUUUGAGAGGAAUAAAGGCUCUGAAUACAACAUGUAAAUCAAUCCCGAAUUAUACGCAAGAAGAAGUAGAGGAAAAUCUUAGGGUGUUGAAGUCGAAACUUAGCUCACCAAUUACGGAUGCCGACAUGUCUCUUUAUGAUUCUAUUAAGAAAAAUCUAGGUAAAAUUGAUUCUUCUGAGCUCACAUGGAAAGACCCGGAGGUGAGCACGGUUCUUAGCGAGGAUUCACAAAUAAUAAAAAAUCUGGGAAGUAGGCAAAAACGUCAUUUUUUGAAACCACGCGAUAAUAUGAAAUGUGAAAUUCCCGAGUCGGUUUACUCCAAGUGUGAUAAACUUAUACGUAAUUUCCAUAAAUCAGAGAUUCCGAAUCAACUUAAAAAUAUUUUACAUGAUAAGACAUGGAAAGAGAAUGAAACUGAUCUGGGGAAAAGAGUAGAACGUAUUUUUGCUGUACUCAUUUGA